CAACAGGAGGACGCGGGCGGGCGGACUGGGUUUCCCGCGCGUUCCUGGCACCUGCCUGCGGUGGGAGGCGCAGGCCGAGCCAUGUCGGAGAUCCUGUGCCAGUGGCUCAACCAGGAGUUGAAGGUGUCCCAGACCGUGAGUCCCAAGUCAUUUGCAAAGGCAUUUUCCAAUGGCUAUCUAAUUGGAGAAGUUUUGCACAAGUUUGCACUUCAGGAUGAUUUUGCAGAAUUUUCAGAAAGCAGGAUUUCAAGUGCCAAACUUAAUAAUUUUUCUCGCUUGGAGCCCACACUUCACCUUCUGGGCGUGCAGUUUGAUCAGAAUGUGGCCCACAGUAUAAUCACAGAAAAGCCUGGGGCGGCGACGAAACUCUUAUAUCAAUUGUACAUUGCUCUCCAGAGAAAAAAGAAAGGUGUGCUGACUGGAGUGGAAAUGCAAACCAUGCAACCCCUGACAAAUACAAAAGUUCAAAACGUGAAAAGCGAGGCUUUUCGAGAUCAACGCUUGAGCAGAAGACGACAAAAUGAAAUAAUGGCUAAAAUCCAAGCAACUGUCAUACAGAUUCCUAAACCCGCAUCAAACCGUAUUGUGAAAGCACUUGACACUCAAAAAAUGUUGAAAAAGAAAAAAGAGGCAGAGGAUGUGGCCAAUGAGAUUAAGAAGUUUGAAGCAUUAAUAAAAAAGGAUCUCCAAGCAAAAGAAAGUGCAUCCAAGACUUCUUUAGAUACAACAGGCCAGACAACCGCUGAUUUGUUAAACACUUAUUCGGAUGAUGACUACAUUAAAAAAAUCCGAAAGCGCCUCGAAGAAGAUGCUUUUGCACGAGAACAAAGGGAGAAAAGACGGCGGAGACUCUUAAUGGACCAGUUAAUAGCCCACGAAGCACAAGAGGAGUCUUAUCGGGAGGAGCAGCUGAUCAACCGGCUGAUGCGACAGUCCCAGCAGGAGCGCAGGAUCGCCGUGCAGCUCAUGCACGUUCGGCACGAAAAGGAAGUUUUAUGGCAAAACAGAAUUUUCAGAGAAAAACAAUAUGAGGAAAGACGGCGUAAAGAUUUCCAGGAUGCUCUCGAUCGAGAAGCGGCUUUGGCCAGACAAGCCAAGAUUGAUUUUGAAGAACAAGCCCUCAGAGUUAAGGAAAUUCAUGAGCAGAUUGCCUUGGAAAGGGUUCAAGCUCAUUACAAAAAGCAUUAUUCAAUAUGUGCAGAAAUUUUGGAUCAAAUCCUUGAUUUAUCCACUAAAGUGGCGGACUAUCGAAUGUUGACAAAUAACCUGAUUCCAUAUAAGUUGAUGCAUGAUUGGAAGGAACUGUUUUUUAAUGGAAAGCCCAUAUAUGAGCAAGCGUCUCUUAAGCAUCUGCCAGCUAAGCUCUCUGCAGAGCAGCUUAUAGAACUGGAGAAAAGGGACUUGCUAGAUAACAAUGACUAUGAAGAAUAUAAGGUACCUACUGAUGUGGAAUAA